UGCAUAUAAUAGCACUAGUACAGUGAAAUGGUGUUUAUUUAAUUUUCAAAACUGAGGUUUUUGCAGUUUGGGCUUGAGCCUCUGGGUGUCACUGUUCACCAGAACAGAGGAGAAAUGAGAAAUCCUGCCCAAUUGGAGUUGCCAUUCCGUUAAACACAAGCACAAAAUAUCUGAAGGAACAAGCUGCUUGUCAGUGUAAAGAAGAAAUGGAAGUGCAUUUUCCUUAGAAAAGAGUUGGAUAGAGCAUCUUUUGAACCAGAAUCUAAGGGUCUUUAACCUGCUGCAAGAAUGGAAGGAAUUCAAAGGCUGUGGAAUUGCAGAAAGGGAAUCUUCCAGUGCCUUUUCAUGAUGUUUUCUUGGAAGGCAGUUUCUGGGCAGAUCCACUACUCCAUUCCAGAAGAGAUGCACAAAGGGUCUUCCGUGGGGAAUGUUGCAAAGGACCUGGGAAUGGAUGGCAAGCAGCUACCAGAUCAUGGACUUCGCAUUGUUUCCCCUGCAGGUAUGAUUCAGUACUUUUCUUUGAAUGCCAACAAUGGCCAUUUGCAGAUAUCUGAGAGAAUAGAUAGAGAGGAAAUCUGCAGAGAGGCAGAGAAAUGUAUGUUGAAGUUUCAGGUUCUUCUUGAAAGCAAAUUGAAGCUUUAUGGAAUCGAAGUGGAAAUUACAGAUAUAAAUGAUAAUGCUCCCCACUUCCCUCUAUGGGAACAGGAGCUGGAAAUCAGUGAGGCAUCUAUUCCUGGAUUCCAGAUCCCUCUUCCCAAAGCUCAAGAUCCAGAUUGGGGGAUAAAUUCAGUGCAGAGCUAUCAACUCACAGGCAGUAGCCAUUUUGCUUUGCAUGUGCAAACAGAAGAAAAUGGUGUCAGGCUUGUUGAACUUGUGUUGGAAAAGUCACUGGACAGAGAGGAACAAUCAGCUUAUGAUCUGCUCCUCACAGCUACUGAUGGAGGUGAUCCCAUCAGGUCUGGCACAUUACAAAUCCACAUCGUUGUCCUUGAUGCAAAUGACAAUGCACCAGUUUUCAGCCAACCUCUCUAUGAAGUGAGUGUCAAUGAGAAUAUUCCCAAGUGGUCCACAGUUUUGACAGUGAGAGCGACUGAUAUGGAUGAAGGAAUCAAUGGAGACAUUAAAUACUCUUUCCAACAAAUUACAAAGCGAGACUCCCAAAUGUUUCUGUUAAAUUCCACAACAGGUGAAAUUAUUCUAAUUGGGAAUCUUGAUUAUGAGGAAUCUUCUUUAUAUGCAUUUGAGAUACAAGCCAAAGAUGGAGGAGGCCUCAGUGACAGAUCAAAUGUUGUGAUAACUGUUAUGGAUCUGAAUGACAAUUCACCUGAAUUAUCAGUUACCUUUGCCACCAACACCAUAUUUGAAGGUUCACCAUCCCAAACGGUAAUUGCCAUUUUAAAUGUCCAAGACCGAGAUUCGGGAAUCAAUGGGGAAAUCACAUGCUCAAUCCCUAGCAACCUCCCUUUCCAGCUAAAGAAGUCCAUGGAUAACUUUUACACUUUGGUGACUGAUGGUGCCCUUGACAGAGAACAGGCGUCAGUCUUCAAUAUUACUGUCACUGUUACUGACCAUGGUGUCCCCCCUCUUUCUACUGUCACAGUUAUCACACUUCAUAUUUUAGACACCAAUGACAACCCACCCAUCUUUGAAAAAACAGACUAUACUUUCUAUUUUGUUGAGAAUAACCAAAGAGGAGCAAUGGUCUCUUCCUUAAGAGCAAAUGAUCUUGACUGGGAAGAAAAUGCCAGAAUAACAUAUUCCAUCACUGAUGACCAAAGAAGCGACUCCCGCCUCUCCUCCUACCUCUCCAUUAACUCUGAGACGGGGGUUAUAUAUGCUCUGACAUCCUUCGAUUAUGAAGAGUUUCGAGACAUUCGGUUCCAUGUAAAGGCCCAGGAUGGAGGCUCUCCACCACUCAGCUCCAACGUCUCAGUGACUCUCUUCAUCCUGGACCAGAAUGACAAUGCUCCCCAAAUCCUGUACCCCUCCCCUCCCACCGAUGGCUCCACGGGGAUAGAGCUGGCCCCUCACUCCUCUGAGCCAGGCUACCUGGUCACUAAGGUGGUGGCUGUGGAUGCGGACUCUGGCCAGAAUGCCUGGCUCUCCUACCAGCUGAUCAAGGCCACUGAGCCAGGGCUCUUCACUUUGGGGCUCCACACGGGAGAGAUCAGGACAGCCCGUUUCUUCCUGGAGAAAGAUGCCCUCAAGCAAAGCCUGGUGGUUUUAGUGAAGGACAAUGGGCAGCCACCUCUCUCUGCUUCAGCCACUCUGACUGUGGUGCUGGCUGACACCAUCCCUGCAAUCCUCUCAGACCUGAGCAGCAUCUCAGCUCCUGUAGAGCCUCCGUCGGACCUCACCUUCUACCUGGUCCUUGCAGUGGCUUUUGUCUCCUGCUUGUUCUUCACUUUCCUCCUUGUGUUACUGGCUGUCAAAUUGCACAGGUGGAGAAAUUCUCAGAUGCUUGAAUCAGGGAAUGUGAAUUUCAGCGGCGCUCCUAUCUCACAGUUUGUGGGGAUUGACGGAGUCCGAGCAUUUCUGCACUCCUACUGCCAGGAGGUUUCUCUCACUACAGACUCUAGAAAGGCAAAUUAUUCCAAUACUCUGAGCAAUAAAGAGUCUUGUGAAGCAAAGGAUCCGAUCUUACCUGGUGAAGAUUUAAACUUGAACAAUGAAGGCUUAAUCAUAGUCCAGGUGAGCAAACAAUUUUAG